AACACUCGCGACCUCCCUUCGUGGGGAAUCGGCAGCGGGAGCGCAUGCGCAGAGCAACGGAGCGGUAACCCGCCUCGGGUCUCUGCCUCCCCUGGCUAAGAUCAUGCCCCUGGCUCACCCGCUCCUGUGCGGGUGGCCACCCAGCCGUCGUUGCCGUGCUUUCUCCUUGCCUUUCACUCGAAGCAUUUGCCUUACCUGUGAGUCAGGCCUUGUUCCAGUGGCCGGGGGAACAGCGGGCAGCACUUUCCUUGCCCUCGUGGAGCCCACGGUCCGUGGAGAAGAGCAGACGUUAAGCGAGUAGUAUUCAGUUGGCACUCAGUAAAUGCAGGGGGAAGAUCUUUUACAAAGAGCACACUACAGAGGCGCUCGUCUAGUUAGAGCGAUCAGGGAGCUCUCCCCGGGGAAGGGAAGUUCAAGUUUUGAAGAAUGUGUAGAGAAUUAAAGUUGGGGGACCGAGAGCACUCGGGAAGGCCUUAGACCCGAGCCCCUGAGCCCGGGCGAUUCUGGAAACUGUCCCGACUCUGGAAUUGCUUCUGGCAUCCUGAGACGCUACUAAACAUCCUGCAGUGUUCAGGACAUCAAGCAAGGUGUCAGUAGUGCUGAAGUUGAGGACCCCUGCUACAGCAAGUUUAGUUCAAGUUUGUUUGACAGCAUAUUCAGCACCUAAUUUCGCCUUUGCAAAUCCGGAGAAUCAGAACCGUUUGUCUUUACUCUGAGAUACACUUCCAGUGCGUGGCACGAUGCCAGGCAAAUAUUGUCUCCAAUAACUGUGAUGGCCAUGCAAGAGAAAUACCCAAGUGAGCGAACCUCUCAUGCUACUUCACCAGGUUCCAAUGUAAUUCAUAAGGGUAGUUCCCUGGGAACCGAAUGGCAGACUCCAGUUAUCUCAGAGGCCUUUCGGAGCCGCUUCAGCCGCUGUUCAAGUGUAGCCGACAGUGGGGAUACAGCCAUUGGCACGUCAUGCUCAGAUAUUGCAGAUGAUUUUUGCAGCUCAAGUGGAAGCCCUUCUUUCCAGCCUAUCAAAAGCCAUAUAACCAUUCCAACAGCCCAUGUGAUGCCUUCUACUUUGGGGACCUCUCCUGCCAAACCCAAUUCGACACCUGCUGGACCCUCUUCCUCCAAGCUUCCUUUGUCAGGGUUGGCUGAAAGUGUGGGGAUGACAAGAAAUGGAGACUUUGGUAUAGUAAAACGUUCUCCAGGCCUAUCUAGAGAUCUCAUGUAUCUCUGUGGUGCUACUGGAGAAAAUGGGAUUGAGCAGUCCUGGUUUCCAGCAGUGGGUCAUGAAAGAGAAGAAGAGAUGAGGAAGUUUGAUAUUCCUAACAUGGAAUCUACCCUCAAUCAGUCAGCUGUGAUGGAGACACUUUAUUCAGAUCCCCACUACCGAGUCCACUUCCACAACCCAAGAACUGACACAAACAAGGAGUUAUACAAAGUAUUGCCUGAGGCCAAGAAGGCACCAGGCAGUGGGGCUGUCUUUGAGCGGAAUGGCCCACACCCUAGCAAUAGUGGGGUGCUCCCUUUGGGGAUCCAGCCUGCUCCUGGGCUCUCCAAGCCUCUGUCCUCUCAGGUAUGGCAACCAAGCCCUGACCCUUGGCAUCCCCGAGAGCAAUCUUGUGAACUCAGUACUUGUCGGCAGCAGCUGGAAUUGAUCCGUUUACAAAUGGAGCAAAUGCAGCUUCAGAAUGGAGCCAUCUGCCACCAUCCUGCUGCUUUUGCUCCUUUACUACCCACCUUAGAGCCAGCACAGUGGAUCAGUAUCUUGAACAGUAAUGAACACCUUCUGAAGGAAAAGGAACUCCUUAUUGACAAGCAGAGGAAACACAUAUCUCAGUUGGAGCAAAAAGUACGAGAGAGUGAACUACAAGUCCACAGUGCCCUUUUGGGCCGUCCUGCCCCCUUUGGGGAUGUCUGCUUGCUAAGGCUACAGGAAUUGCAGAGAGAGAAUACUUUCUUACGUGCACAGUUUGCACAGAAGACGGAAGCUUUGAGCAAAGAAAAAAUUGAGCUUGAAAAGAAACUCUCUGCUUCAGAAGUUGAAGUCCAGCUCAUCAGGGAGUCUCUCAAAGUGACACUGCAGAAGCAUUCAGAGGAAGGAAAGAAACAGGAAGAAAGGGUCAAAGGUCGUGAUAAACAUAUCAAUAAUUUGAAAAAGAAAUGUCAGAAGGAAUCAGAGCAGAACAGAGAAAAGCAGCAGCGUAUUGAGACCUUGGAGCGCUACCUUGCUGACCUGCCUACACUGGAAGACCAUCAGAAGCAGAGCCAGCAGCUUAAGGAUUGUGAGUUGAAGAGCACAGAGCUGCAAGAGAGAGUAGCUGAGCUGGAGAGUUUGCUGGAGGAGACCCAGGCAGCCUGCAGAGAGAAGGAGGAUCAACUGGAAAGCCUGAGACAGAAAGAAGCAGAAUUCUCUACUAGACAUAGCCUGCAAGAUAAACAGUCUGUGGAGGAAGCCAGUGGAGAAGGUUCCAAGGUGGAAAUGGAGUCCAGGAAGAAAGAAUGUGAUUCCCUCCAAAAGAUUGUAGAGAAGCAACAGCAGAAGAUCGAUCAGUUGUGCUCACAAAUACAGAGCCUAGAGCAAGAACUAGCUCAAGAAGAUGGAACAAGCCAGGCUCUGAGAGAGGAGGCCCAGCGGAGGGAGACAGCCCUGCAGCAGCUGCGCAUAGCUGUGAAAGAGCUCUCCGUGCAAAACCAGGAUCUGAUUGAGAAGAAUCUGACGCUGCAGGAACAGCUGCGCCAGGCCCAGCCAGGGUCCCCAUCUUCACCAGACACAGCCCAGCUGGCAGUUGAGCUAUACCAGGAGUUGGCCAGUUGCCUUCAAGAUUUGCAGGCCGUCUGCAGCAUUGUGACCCAGAGGGCCCAAGGCCACGACCCUAAUCUCUCCCUGCUCCUGGGCAUUCACUCCACACAGCACCCAGGGACUCAGCUAGAUUUGCAGAAGCCAGAUGUGAUCAGGAAGAAACUAGAAGAGGUUCAGCAGCUGCGCCAUGACAUCGAGGAUUUAAGGACCACCAUGUCAGACAGAUAUGCCCAGGACAUGGGAGAAAACUGUGCCACACAGUGAGGCGUGCUGGGGGUGAGAUAGGCUGUAUUCUCUGGAAGGUGGGGGAGAUCUGAGCUGUUGAGAGCCUGGCCAGGAGGUCCCUGCCCUGACAAUCCUGUCUGUUGCUGCUGCUCCCAGAGAAGAGUCAGAAGGGAAGAGAAGAGAGCCUGCAUCUGGGGGCCACAAGCUAGUGAGGGAAGUAUUCCUGCCUUUCCCACUCUGGCUUUGCCUUGUUGAAUUGCGUUUGUCCUGUUGUCCUAAUUCACCCUUUUGAGGGUGAGUUACUAAUUAACUUUCUAGCAGGUUCUACUGAUAAGUCCUCACAAAUUGUUCCCAGCCCUAGGCUGACAUCAAAGGCAGUCAAACAGCUCACCUCCUUUCUCCAUCCUCUGGGAUGAAUCCACAUUCAUUCCCACUCCAUACUUUGGUCCUGCUGGUACCCAGAACUCCUUAGAGGAGCCUGAAAAGGCCAAGCACAACAGUGACCAUUUGGAGAAUUCUCAGGCCCCAUGGACCCCUUCCUGGGAACUGAGCUGGCUUUCUGAGUUUCUCAGGCCCAGUCCCACUGCUUCUUCCUCAGGGCUCUUAUUCUCACAGAAGCCUCAGGGUGAUCUGUUCAUUAGCAGAGUUCCCACUAGGAUCAGGACUCCAGGGAUUAUAGCCAGGGUUCCUUAAUCUACCUGCUGUGCCAUCUUUACAGGAGACUACUCCACAGCUGCCCUAUGUCCAUGCGGUCAGCAUAGCUCCUCCAGUGUUCUCAGGCCUUCCAGCCAUCCCUUUUCUUGGACUUUGAAUACAUUCUUCUCUGUGGUUCUAUGAUCAGGCUGAAACCCCCCACCCCAGACCACAGGGCAACUUUCAAGCUGCUUCCUGCAGGGCUGAUCUGAUUUGCGCCUCUCUCUUCUUGGGGUGUAUGGAGGGGGGAGGUCUUUUCCCUUUCCUGCUCUGACUUCCUUGAAGAGUUCAGGGUAUCCAGUAUGGGUCAGCUAUAAGAUGUGACUUUCAGUGUUUCCUGGGUUGUUUGUUUCUGUGGGGCUUUAGGACCCUCUGCUUUCUGGUUUUUCUUGCCUCCUGGUUUAGGGAGCAUCUCAAAGUUGUUAGUGUCUGGUUGUUGGAUUAGCCCCAGGUCUUUAGAUCUGGAGCCAGGCCAAGCAGGGGCCAUGUUUGGGUAUGGGGAGCAAAGCAGUGCAGGAGUGGAGGGGCAGCCGUGGUAAAAAAAGCUUUGGGCUGUUGGCAGCAUCCUGACCCUCACUCAGGCCUGAAUGAGCUUCCUUCUUAAGUGUUUUUUCAAGUUUGUGUUUUAUUUAUGGAGUGACUUAUCCCUUCCAUUCAGAGCAGCCCCACCCAGCUGGCUGUCCCCUAAGCCUCUGGGCUCCUGCCUCCUUAAGCAGAGCUGCCCGGUUGGUCUCCACCCUGUGUUGGGAGCCCAGCCACCAUGCUCACGGGUAUUUCUCCUCAAAAAGUUUAUAAACAGUUAUUUAUAUGAAUCUUUGUUAUGUCAACUGGUUUGUAUUGCCUAUUUUGAGUACAAAAUAAAAUAUUUAACAGACA